GUAUAUUUUAAUUUUUGGCCAUAUAAAAAAAAAUUUUCCAUUCAGCCUGGUGAUUUUGCAUGUUUGUUAAUUUUGUUAUCUGAGGCUUCGAUGGUUUUUUUUAAUUCUCAAAUUCUUAGAAACUCUUACAAAAACAUAUGUAUCUUUUCAAUUUCAACAGUGACCCUUUACAUUCUUGUGUUUCUACUUCAAAAUCCAGUUGCAGAAUUGUGA